AUGGAUGGAAGAGUGAAGGAAGAAGAUGAAAAAGUGAAGACGGAUGGAAGAGUGAAGGAAGAAGAUGCAAAAGUGAAAGAUGAAGAUGAAAAAAUGGGUGAUUAUCUUAUAAUGGUAAGUUAUAGAAAUUCUAUGCAGUUCUACUGUACUUUUGUUAUACCUGAUAAUUGGGUUCUUGAUCGUGAUUUAAAGACAUCAAAUUUGCUUAUGAACAACCAGGGUGAGUUGAAGAUAUGUGACUUUGGGUUGGCUCGUCAAUAUGGAAGUCCAUUGAAGCCAUAUACUCAUUUGGUUGUCACACUUUGGUACAGAGCGCCGGAGCUUUUGUUGGGGGAAAAAGAGUAUUCAACCGCCAUUGAUAUGUGGUCACUUGGUUGCAUUAUGGCUGAGCUUCUACCAAAGGAGCCUCUCUUUAAUGGAAAAUCGGAAUUCGAUCAGCCUGACAAGGUACAUCCAUCCAUCAAGAAGUUAUGUACUUCAAAAUAUGAUCAGAACUGUUUGAUAAAUUUCAUACAGAUAGGCUAG